GGACACUCCUGCCGCCUCCGCUGCGCCCCCGCUUGUCCCCAGGAGCGUGGACAGGACUGCGGGGGAUUGCGAGGGGUUCCGCGGGCUCGGCCUCCCCCUCCGCGGGAGGACGAGGCAGGAGAGCCGCGGUGCCAAGCCGAGGCCGGGCGGGUCCAGCGCGUCCUGCGCGUCGCCGUCUGGGAGCAGCGCCCCGGGCCGCAGGGGCCCCACCCUGCCCGGAGUGGGCCACGGCUCGGGGAAUGCAGUGGCCGCCGACGCCUGGCGCCUCGCGGGGUCCGGGCCGGGUGCCCCCCAUGGCAGCCAAGUGGUUCAAGGAGUUCCCGCUCACCCUAAAGUCCGGUGCGAGCGCGGGCAAGCUGCGCAAGAGCCCCGAGGCGGCUGGUGCGGGGCCCAUCCCGGGCAAGGGCCGCAAGAACUCGGCAGCCGAGUUGGGUGCCCGGGCCAGCAGCGCUCCCCCCAAGGACAGCCGGCUGUCCAGGGACAGCCUGCAGGGCCUGAUCCAGGCCGCGGCCGGCAAGGGCCGCAAGAACUCGCGCACCACCGAGGAGGAGCCUCAUCGGGGCGCGGCCAAGAGCUCCGGAUGCAGCACCUACAUCAGCAGGCUCAUCAAAGUGGACACCCAGGAGAAGACGGGCAAGAGCAGCUAUCCGGGCAACGGCGGCGGCGGCAGCAGCAGCAGUAGCAGCAGCAGUAGCAGCAGUAGCAGCAGCUGUUCCACCCCAUCCUCUUCCCCUUCCUCCCUGGGCCCGGAGCCGGACAAGGGCAAGAUCGCGAAGCAGCAGGACACGGUCAUCAUUUUAGAAGACUAUGCUGACCCUUACGAUGCCAAGCGAACAAAGGGUCAGAGGGAUGCAGAGAGAGUUGGGGAGAACGACGGCUACAUGGAGCCCUAUGACGCCCAGCAGAUGAUAACAGCUUUCAAGGAUGCAAGCAGCCCUGUCACACGCGCCACAGGCCCGCCGCCGCUGGUUUACUGGCUGCCACCCUUGUCAAGCUGGCCUCACCGAAUUCCGAGGCGGCCCUUUCACCUGCUGGAUGGGCCGUGCGAGCCUGGGGACAAUGGUGGUGGUGGAGGUGGCUCCAAGUCAGAGCCAGUGGCCAAGAGGCAGGGCUCCAAGGACCUGCUGGGGAAGCCGCAGCUCUACGACACCCCGUACGAGCCCAGCCUGGAGGGGAAGGCGCGGCCUGCAGACAGCCGGCUGCCUGAGGAUGACGAGAGGCCUGCGGCUGAGUAUGAGCAGCCCUGGGAGUGGAAGAAGGAACAGCUGGCACGUGCGCUGUCAGUCCAGUUUGAAGGAUCCGAGCGACCUGCGGCCAGGGAGGAGCCAGUGCGGCAGCACCACCGGCAGAAGAGCUGGACCCAGAAGAUCCUGAAGCCAGCCCUGUCUGACCAUGGUGAUGGGGAGAAGAAGGUGGACCCCAGCCUGGCCCUGGACAAGCAGCCCUGGUAUCACGGUGCCAUUAGCCGGGCCGAGGCUGAGAGUCGUCUGCAGCCCUGCAAAGAAGCUGGGUACCUGGUUCGAAAUAGUGAAUCGGGGAACAGCAGGUACUCCAUUGCACUCAAGACAAGUCAGGGGUGCGUGCACAUCAUAGUGGCGCAGACCAAAGACAGCAAGUACACACUGGACCAGACGAGUGCGGUGUUUGACAGCGUCCCCGAGGUGGUGCACUAUUAUUCCAGCGAGAAGUUGCCUUUCAAAGGGGCGGAACACAUGACCUUGCUGUACCCUGUGCACAACAAGCUUCACUAAGACGCCCAACGAGAGCCCCCGGCUCCCAGCACCUAAGAGGGCGUGGGCACCGCUGCAUCUCGCAUGAGUUGGGCUGUUCCUCAGACCCAGGACAGAGCAGGAUCUCACUAGGACUCAGCAAGCUUGUGGUCUUGAGCCCUUCAGGGACCCUUGGUUUCUAGCUGCCCUUUUCCUCCUUGCCAAGUAGCUGCACAAUAAGAAGCCCUCAUUUACUGUUGGUCCCUUCUCUGGAGGAGGAGGAGGCUCUGCUUGGGAUGUGACCCUCAGGAAAGGUAAGUCUAGAGUUCAGGACCACCGAGGUUCUCCAGCAUCACACUGGUUGUUCCCUAGAACGCCUGCUCUCUAAACAGC